AUGGAGCUUGCGGUGCCCGCACCUGCAGCCGCAGCCUCAAUCGGUCAUGGGAUUCUAUCUCUGACUGGAGCACCUCAAGAUCCAUUUGAGAGGCUAGAUGCGACCAUGGAGCCGACUCCUGAAUGGGUGCAUUUGCGCGGAGUGUUAGAAGAGAACCCCGCGUCCGUGCGCAACAUCAUUUCGCUUGCUUUGCUGAAGGAGGUUGCGCGCUCUUUUCAAAACGUGGCUGGUCAGCUUCAGGCCAUGAGAGAAAUCAAGGAGCAGUUUGAGAGGCUGCUUGAAUCUGAAGAGGCUGCUUCCUUGGAGCAUUUGAUGCGUGACAUUCCCCCCUCCGACAUCCAUGCCUUGGAAAGGGAAGCUUGCGGCAUCAAUGAAGACAGCAGGACUUUGAGGUCUGCUUUGGAGACUGGGGACAUCAGCGGCUUGCACAGCAGGGCAAAGCAUAUGGCUAACAAAGCCAGGCGAUUCAGGGAGAAGCAUGCACGGCUUCGUCCCAGCUUGGACAAGCUGCAGCGUGGACUGAUGGACAUUGCCAGCAAGUGUGCAGAAAAAGCACAGAGAUCAGACGAACUGAUAGCAGAAGUGGAGCAAAGGAAGGACUUUUGGUGGAACCUUCUGGUUGUGGCCAAUUGCCUUGCAUUGCUUGGUGGUGCGGGCUUCAUCAUAUGUCUACUGCCCACCACAUGCCUUUCACUGGUACAUUUGCUGGCCAAAAGCUGGGCGAUCGGUAAAGCCAAAGUCUUGUUAUCUACAGCGAAAGCCUUCGCAACCAAAACAGCAGCUGCAGCAACAACGAAAGCAGCCGCAGCCCAAACUGCUCAGGCAACUGCUGCCACCACCAAAGCUGCCUUGGCAACAGCUACAGCAAAGGCUGAGACAGCCAAGCAUUUAGCUUCUUCCUUGGGCACAGCUGCGGCAGCAGAAGGUGCUGCAGGCACAGCUGCAGCAGUUGGAGCUGGUGUCGCUGCUGGUGGUGCAGCGAGUGUCGCUAGCAUCGGAGCCCCUGCCGCAACCUUCUUGGGCUCACAGAUGCUUGGCAGCCUUGGCGUGUCGCUGGGUUUGAUGUCAACACCUGCAGCUCCAAUUGGCGUGGUCCUGGGAUCAGGAGCCGCCGCGGCCGCGGCUGUCAAGCUUAUUUGGGAAAGUGUCACAAGUGUAGAUACAGCUGCAGCGCUCAACGCCGCACAAGCAGCAACAUCAGCUGUUGCUCAGCAGCAGGCCGCGGAACAAGCAGCAAACGCUGCUGCUGCCGCCAUGGAAGCGGGGCAGGCUGCUAGUGAAGCAUCCCAGGCAGCAUCCCAGGCUGCAGCUGCUUUGAAUGACGCUGCUGAUUCUGUGUCUGCCCUGGAGGCGGCCAUAUCUUCCUUGUCAGCCACAGUGACAGCAGACGCUACUUUCCUCUUCGGUGGGUUUCUGCUGAUGGCCUUGGUCCUGCUAGGAUAUGCAGGUCGAGACCUGGUGAAGACGCUCUUGGGACGGCUGUGGGCUGCUGAGAUCGAAGAGCACCGCCGGCAUAAGGCUACCUUUCAACACAUGGAGCAGGUCGUUCGCAAGGCGGCAGAUCAAUUGCUGAUGGUUUACAAAAAGAAUAAAGCCCUUGAGUCUUGCUUGGACAUAGUGGUGGAAGUUGCUGAGGACCUUGCAGCAAAGGCAGAAGAUGCCUUGGAGGCCAGAUCUGAGGAGAAGGAAGCUGAAAUGGCAACACUGCACGAGCAAGUCGAGCAACUUUGCACCCUGUACGAGAAUGUUGAUGAGGACGAGGGCUGGAUUCUGAUCAAGUCAUCAUCGUUGCCGCUGCCUUUGAGGUCUCCUUCCGCAUCUGACUGCUUACCGAGCAGCACAUACAUUUUGGUGCCAGUGAUGCAGGCUGCUCAGCUGGGAGCUCUCUUCGCAGCAGGGCCCAGCAGGGACGAGAUCAUCAAAGUCAGUGCGCAGGGAUCAGCUGCUCGGCUCAUGCGGAAUUUCUGCAUUGGUGGCUCUGCAUCGCAUGACUUCACAGCUGAUCAUCCACUGCGAGUGAUGAGAUCAGGCAACUGGAUCCAGGAGCAGGCGUCAACUGUACGAGUUGGAGAUAUCCUCAACACUUCUGAUGGCAUGAAGAAGGUCGAGUCCACGCGCGCUCCUCGCAUGAGUUCUGAACAGGUCUUCAGCCUGGACAUCCAGCAGGGUGGAGAGGUGUAUGUGUUCACGCCGACUUCAAAUCCAGAUGGCCAGUUGUCUUGGAGUGGCGUGGCAGUGUUGGGUCAUGUGGAAAAGACCCAAAGAAGUUGUUCUGCUCCACCUCUCUCGAAAAGGCCGUCCCGCGGCUCAUGGCUUUGCAAGGGGAAAGCUCGCUGCUCCAACAUUUGCCGCCUCUUCCAACGAGGCAAAUGUGUCGAUGGCGAGGACUGCCGCUUCUGCCACUUCCCCCACGCUGAGGAGCCCAAGCGCCAACCAAGAGCUCGCGACAGUGGAAGCAGCCAAGGUGCCUGA